UGGUGGCAAGUACAUCUGCUGGCAUCCGGUGUUAUAAUGGGGGACCACUUAAGCCGCAAUUGCCCCAAACCUAAGGCGAAAAGGUGCAUGCGGUGUGGAAAGGCGGGACACGACAGAUUUGACUGCCCUAGUCGUAUUGGAGGACCGUCAGGAGGCGGAUCUGGCGCGAUUCCAAAGGCGAAGCACUGUCAGGAUUUUGGCGGCGGUACGUGCACAGUGAAAGGCGAGGUAAAAUUACCUAUCAUUGUGGACGGCAUCGCAAUAGAUGUUAAGGCGGUAAUUGCAGACUGCGAUCUUUUUGGAGCUGAUCUUCUUUUAGGUCAACCGGCGUUAGCUACCCCAGGCGUUACACUGACGGUCACCGAUGGCAAGGCGAAGCUCACUCGGGUUGAUCCAGCAGUGGAGAUGGGCAGUGAGGAUGAUAAGGCGAUGGCGUUACGCAAGGUGCUAUGCUUGGAGGACACAAGCAUGGAUCCUGGCGAAGAGGCAGACUUAUUGGUGGUGGUGUAUGGCGGAAAACAAGGCGAAAAGUAUUGGGUACCUGUCAAGCGGUUUGAAAAGAAGGGCACCGUAUUGGCAAUAGGCGGACAGGUACUGACUGGCGGUGAAUCUUCCAAGUUACAUGUGAAGAACGUAGGCGAAAAACAGAUGAUUUGGAAGACGGGAUGCGUCAUGGCGAGAUGCACCCUUAUGGGCGAAGUUACUGUUAUGGAUGGCCGAAUGUAACCAGUGAUUUUUCCGAGGCGAAGGAAAAUGGCAACGUGGCGACGGGCACGGCGAAGUAGCAUCGGCAACGCUGCAAGCUCCGGAACGAUCGGCGCGGGAGGCGAUGGUGGGAUACCAGUCAGCUGGCGGGCGGGAGAAGCUAUCUAUCGGCGUCGGCGGGGGACGAAUCAUUUUGGCGGACUGGUGAUAUUUUUACUAUUAUUAGGCGUUUAAAUUGUUUUUAAUUAGUUGAAUAAAGGCGUG